UCGCUAUCAGUACCCAGAUGUCGUCAUUCUAUGCUAACCUUUAGCUUCUUGAAGCUAUCUUCAGUCAAAACAAGUACUCAGAGCUCAGCAUUGUAAGAAGGCAAAUAGAGUCAGUAGUAUAUUUCGGUCUUUCUUAAGCUUGUUGGUCUUUAAAGCCCUGUAAAGGUCUGCUGUAACUCGGUACCUGUUCGAAUUCGAGUGAUAUCAACACUGACAGGAGCAACACAUGUCACUGUCACCAGUGCUGCUGUUGUUAUCGGUAAACUGUUGACAGCCAUCAGGGAAUCUUUUUAAGAAUUACCAUGGAGUUCCAGGCAGUGUUGAUGGCGGCCGGUGGGGGGUCUCGUAUGACCGACCUGACCUACAACACACCCAAACCUUUGCUCCCUGUUGGGAACAGGCCUCUAAUCUGGUACCCCCUGAACCUGCUUGAAAGGGUUGGCUUUGAAGAGGCGAUUGUGAUUACCACCAAAGAAGUCCAGAAGAUGAUGAGUUUGGACCCCAAAAUAAAGAUGGAUGUGAAGAUGAAACUAGACGUGGUUUGCAUCCAGGAGGAUUCAGACAUGGGCACUGCUGACGCUCUCAGACACAUCCAGCAGAAGAUCAAGACGGAUGUCUUGGUAGUAAGUUGUGACCUGAUCACAGACGUGGCGCUUCAUGAGGUGGUCGAUCUCUUCAGAGCGCAUGACGCAUCUCUGGCCAUGCUCAUGAGCAAAGCACAUGAAUACACAGAGACGAUCCCUGGCCAGAAAGGCAAGAAAAAGACAGCUGAGCAGAGAGACUUUGUGGGUGUCGACCAUUCAGAAAAGAGGCUGCUGUUCAUGGCCAAUGAGGCUGAUUUGGAUGAAGGCCUGAUGAUCAGGAAGUCCACCAUGAGGAAACACCCCAGGAUGCACAUCAAAACAGGACUGGUGGACGCUCACCUAUACUGCCUGAAAAAAACAGUAGUGGACUUCCUUUCCAAUAACAAAUUUAUCUCAUCAAUCCGCGGUGAAUUGGUUCCAUAUUUGGUGCGAAAGCAGUUCUCCAAAGCAAUGAACAGUCAGAAAAGCAAAGAGGAGUCGGAUGAUCAGAGCGCAACCAUCAAAGCGCCGAGCGAAGAGUUGGGCAUCUUGUCCCGGGACGAUCCUCUGCGGCAGCUGGCUCAAGAGCGCUCCUGCUGGAACGACCACCACGGGGACAUGGGCGAAGCUUACCACGGAGGGAAGCUGCGCUGCUACGUUCACAUUCUAGAGCAGGGUCUGUGCUUCCGGGUCAACACCUUAGCUGCGUACAUAGAAGCCAACAGACUGGCUCCGAAGUUGUUCGACGAACCAGCCGUCCACCCGUCGGCGGUCAUCUCUGAGAAGUGUCAGAUGGGGUCAGAUAGCAUCAUUGGGCCGCUGAGCCAGGUGGCCGACAAGACGUCAAUAAAAAGGACCACGAUUGGAAGCUCCACCACCGUGAGGGAGAAGGUGAAGGUCGCCAACUCCAUUAUCAUGCACGGCGUGACCAUCGAAGAGGGGUGCAACAUCAUCGGCUGCGUGAUCUGCAGCAACGCUGUGAUUGGCCGUGGAGCAGACCUCAAAUACUGUCUGGUGGGGAACGGCCAACAGAUCGAACCUGAAGCCAAAAGGACGAAUGAGGUCAUUGUUGGAAUGGACCAGCUGAUGGAGAUCUAGCUCCCACCGGGAGUAGAAUUAUCAUCACCCCAUUACCCCAUUAAAGAGCAGCAACACACUGAAGUGACCGAGUCUGCACGCUGCACAACAACGUGGAGUUCUUGACGUUUUUUUUAAAGAUAUG